UGUGUAUGUGUGUGUGUGUGUGUGUGUGUGUGGACUGAAGCGUCAUUCUCCUCCUUUCUUCCUUUCAGUGAACGCGCAUCACUUGUGAAAAACGGCGCUUGAGACCCAGAAGUUUCUUGUCUGUGGGCUCGGCUCGACUCACUCUCCGGUGAUUUUCUUCCGUUGCUCCCCGGUUUCAUUUCUAUCCUCAUCCUCACUUUCUUUUUUUCUUCUUAUUCGAGGAUUCAGACGGGGUGUGCUGGCUAGCACUGGGCGUAGCUGGAGAGGAUUUUUCCGCACUGACUGACCAGAUCCUGCUGUCUCCAGAAAGCCUCUAGACCUGUGGCCGUCCUGUGAGAUUUAAGUCAACCAGACAGACCACUAGCAUUCAAGGGGAGAUGAAGCCGGAUGGGGUUGCCACGGCAGCACUGGACCCAAUGGAAACAUUGGAAUCCAAUCCAGUAAACGAGGCAGCACCAGGCGCGGGACAGGAGCCCAACCAGGCAGGCAGCCCAGCGGAGGAGGAGAUGGCACAGCAGCCUGCAGCAGAGAUGGACCAGGUGGAACCCCAGCCAGAACAGGCCAAGGAGACCCCAGCUGCCAAGACCAGCAACAAGACCUCAGAAGACGCCAAAGCCAAGACUACCAACAAGGCCACGGCCAAGACAAAACCUGGAACCGCCACCUCAACCAAGACCACAUCUGGCUCACGGCCCAACACAUCCCAGAGUCGCCUCUCAAACGGCGUGUCCAAGCCCCAGACCAACGGAGUGGCUAAGAAGACCACACCUGCUGCGGACAAAAAGAGCACCACGACCUCAGCGCCCUCCAAAAAACCAACAGGGACAGCUGGAGCCCCAGCCUCCAGGACCGCCGCCAAAGUGGGUGAGAAGAAAGCUUCCACUGCCACCAAUGGUGCAAAGUCAACGACCACAGCAACCAAGAAGACAACUACAGCUAAUGAUGUCAAAACCAGCACUGCAGCUGCUAAAAAGCCCCCAGCCUCCAAACCUGCCUCUGCAACUCCCACCAAGCCCAGCUCUACUGCCUCACCCAAGCCCCCUGUUUCCAAGACAACCAGGCCUGCAACUGGCACAGCAGCAACAUCCCGUCCUGCCACAGGCUCAACCCGGCCACCCACCAGCACAGCAACCAAGAGCUCCACAGCUACAGCCAAACCUGCCACCCCUAAAACCUCCACCACUGCCAGGCCUGCUGCCUCCAAACCAACCUCCACUACCCCCUCUGGUGGCAAAGCUCCAGCAUCACAAACAUCCAGAAACACCACUCCUGUCAAAAAAGAUGUUACCAAACCGGCCACCACAGCUGCCAAAAAGCCUGAGUCUCCUCUUACCCGCCCAUCCUCUACAAUGAAGUCCGCAAAGCCAGAGACCCCCAAAUCAGCUUCAAAAUCAGAUGUCACAGCCAAAAAGCCUACUGCUACUAAGGCUGCAGACACAAAGACACCCAACCGCUCCAAAGAGAGUAAACCCACACCUUCCAAGGAUGUUUCCAAGACUCCUGUCUCCAAAACGGCUGCAACCAAGAACUCCAGCCCCAAGAAAACUGUGGGCAGCAGCACCCCUACUCCUGUUAAACGUGGCCCCAAAGCUGCAACACUUGCUGAACCUCAAAAGGAAAUUGCUGCUGCUGUAGCUGCCGCUGCAGCUAUUGCUACUGCAGCAGCCACCAUUGCCAGGCCAGAUGAGCCAGAACCUCCUGUAGAAGCAGCUGUGGAACCAUCUGCUGCAGCAGAACCAAUGUCCAGCCAGACCGAACCAACUCUUCUAACAGUGCAAGAAAAAACUCCAGAACACCCCACACCAGAACCAGUACCUGCACCUGUGUCAGAGUCACUGCAAGAACCAACACCCGAACCCAUACGUGAACCAACACCAGAACCCGUGCGAGAACCAACACCCGAACCCAUUCGAGUACCAACACCAGAGCCCGUACGAGAACCAACACCCGAACCCAUUAGAGAACCAACACCAGAACCCAUCAGAGAACCAACACCAGAACCCGUACGAGAACCAACACCCGAACUCAUUAGAGAACCAACACCAGAACCCGUGCGAGAACCAACACCAGAACUUGUACGCGAAACAUCUCCUGUGCCCCCCGCAGAACCACUGUUUCAGCCAUCAGAAGAGCCAGAACUGGGAGCUGGGGCAGUCCAUGAGCCCCUUUCCAAUGUUCAGCUGGACCUUUACAAAUUUGAUGAGUCUGCCAACGACUCAGGGCCUUCCUUGGGAACUACUGUCAUGUCUCCUCCCUGUUCCCCACCUGGCCCCGUCUCUCCUGUCAGAGAGCCACAGAAUGCCUCUUCUCUGCUUGACAUGCAUUUCCAGUCUGAUCCCUGGGACAGGAACCAGCCCCUAGCUUCGUCUGACAUUGCUCCCCAGAGCCCAGUCAGUAUGCUGAGCUUCCAGACAGAAGAGGGAAAGGAGAAUAAAGAACAGGUUGAGGCACAGGAGACAAGGGAGGAGGAAGAGGAGGAGGAGGAAGAUGAGAAAGAGAACUUGUUUAUGCCUAGCCCCAAAGCUCCAUCCGCAGAGGCCUUCAAUAUGAUUGCACAGCCUCACUUGUUGGGUACUUCACCCAUGGAUGAUUUCACCUCCAGGGACAUGUUCUCCCCUCAUGAAAAGGAGGAGGCUGUGGAAAAGGCUGAUGAAGAGAUCAAUGAGGAUGUCGAUGAGGAUGAGGAAGAUGAAGACGAGGAACAGAGGAGACUCGGCCAUCAGCCUUCAUCCAUUGUCACUGACAUGAGCACGUCUCAGCCCUCUGAGGAGUUCCAAGUCCGGUCCUCCACCUUCGGUGGCUCAGCAGGCUGGCACGGUGACGACUUGCUGUCUGGAAUGGACUCUGAGGAUGUGAGCAGCUGCACCAGCAGUCAGCAGCAGGGGGUUUCUGACCUCAGCAGCACCCAACACACUGCAAUACUGGAAGGCACCCAAAGCUCAGACGCUCUGGUUGACUCAAGCUUCCGUGGCUCUGAGGGAGAUGGUAAUAUCAUGGGUUCUCCCAACGUAGAAACCCUGGCCAAUGAGGAAGAGGAAGACGAUGAUGAAGACGAGCGAGUGGAUGAUAUGGACUUGAGUUCGGAGAGAGUAGAGGAGCAUCACAAGGUGUUCCAGCAGCAGGAACAUGAUGAAGAAGAGGAGGAUGAAGAUGUAGAGAUGCACAGUGAAGGAGUGACAGAGAGCUGUGGAAAUGUAGAUGAAGAUGACUUCAAUGAGGAGGAGCGUUUAGACAACCUCAAUCGCUCUGGUCCUCCGCCUUGCGUCCCCCCUGCCUCUUCCUGGGGCCAGACCAACCCCUUCUCUGAUACCUGGGCUCAGCCAGCCUCACUGGUCACCAUGUCCUCCCCCAGCCCCAUCUCUGACCAUGGCGCAGCUGAAUCUGAAACUCCAACCCAGUCUCCUGCCCAGCCAUGUUGGGACAGCAGCGCCCCUUCCCUGGCUCCUCAGUCAGAUCAAGAGCCCCAGCAGCAUCCGUCAGCCCACGAGCAGAUGAAGGGCUCGGCCCCUGAGGAAGCUCACGCACUACUUGCUCCUUCAGCUGUAGGCAUGUCCCAGUCCAGCACUCUGAGUGGCACAGCUCUGGUUGCCCACAGCAGUAGCGAGACAAGCACACCAGAGGAGCUCCGUGACUAUGACAGCAGCUCUGGGGUGGAAUCCCAUUCUGACAAACAGCAGACACCAGUACCGGCUUCAGUCCAGCCUGACAUGGAGCAGGACCUGGGUAUUCACUUGGAGAAAGGCGAUGGAGAAGAGGAAGAGGCUGAGACUCUCCCAGCUGAUGAGGUCCUAGGAACAGGACCUCCAACUGCUCCAGCGUCCGCCCCAUCUUCCCCCUCCACCUCCGGAGACGAGGCCAGUGACACAGAGGGUGAGAUGCAGAUAAACGACCCUGAUGCACCGAUGAUGAUGGAUGAGAGUGCUGGAUUUGAAAGCCCUACUCCCACCUGCAACUUGCCUGCUCUUGAUGAGGAUGAGGAGGCGGGAGACACACCAGCUGGAGAGGGUGAAGAGGACGGAGGUGGGGCCACCCCUCAGUCAGCCAACUCUGUGGCAUCAUAUGGCUUUGACUGCACCACAUCCAACUCCAAUGCGCACUCCAUGGCCGAGAGCUGCGGAAAGAGUCCAGGAAUCUUCUCCCUGGAGAACGAGGAACAGCUGCCAGAGGAGGCCAAGGACCCCUCCCUCAUCAAGGAGUUGACCCUGCCAUCAGCUGCUGCCGCUGCCCGGGCAGAGGACCUGCUGGGUAGACCCGUGGACCUGAUGCCUUUGGGCCUGCCGGGAGACAAGCAGCCCAGUCUAGAUGACCACCACUACAUGCUGGGGGGAAGGUUUGCAGCAGACCAACUGGAGGAGGUUGAUCCUUUGGAGCCCAGUCACCACCUUGGGGCCCAGGAAUCUGGAGAGUCCGGCGACAGCCAGCCACCCUACUACUCUACCAUAUGUGAUAAGACUGAUAGUUUUCUGGCAGAUUUGUUGAGGUAGGUAUGGGAGUAUUAGAUUGCAGUUGGUGAAGUUUUUAAUGUGUGCUUCAAGAGGUUCUACGCUCUUUGCAUAGGUUGUUAAGGUAUGUAACGUGCAGUCACGUACAGUAUGUGUUUCAGGCAUUUGGUUUUAAGUGGCUAAGCUUUCAAGCCUCAGUUAGCUGAUCAUUUGUGUUCCAGAAGAGACUAACAACUAGCCUUUUAUUUGUGAUGAGACCCUGCAUUGUCCUACAUCGCUACCACAGUUGAGCUUUACACUCGCUCAAACGUUUCAUAGUGGGCGUUUGGUUUACUAUUUCAGCAGUAUAUUGCAUGUUUAACUAACAAGACUGUGUACUACCUGAUGAAUUUGAAACAAUUCUACACUAGACAUGUUCAUAAAUGAAUGGUUCACACUAGGUUAUCUGUCAAAAUUCCAUUAAAACAUCAUUGCAAGGCA